CACUCUCGGAAAGCAAGCUACGGAGACAGUGCAUGGAGAACAGAAGUCAAUCAAAUCAUAAAAACAUUCUACACCUUUAAACAGAUGGCCCAGCUACCCUUUACCGAGAUUCCAGUCACCACUGACGAUAGUUUCGAAUUCGAAUAUGCCAUACUAGACCCUUCACUAUUUGAAACACCCUGUGAAAUAUCAGGUGUCAUAAAGUUUGGUAGGUUUUUCAUGCCCAGUUUAUAUGGAAUAAUAUUUUUGACAGGGCUUCUGGGCAAUUUGUUGGUCAUUGUGACAUAUAUCUGUUAUGUGAAGCUGAAGACCAUUACAGAUAUCUACAUGAUGAAUCUAGCAAUCGCUGAUAUGAUCUUCCUUUGCACCCUGCCAUUCUGGGCAGUUGAUGGAUAUACUGAUUGGAUUUUUGGACCUUUUAUGUGCAAAAUUAUGAAUGGUCUGUACACUAUCAACUUCUACAGCUGUAUGUUAACUCUUGCCUGUGUAAGUGUCAACAGGUACAAUUUCAUUGUUCAAUCAACAAAAAUGCUUAAAAGUAAAACUAAAAUGGUUCACAGUAAGUUAGUUUGUACAGGAAUUUGGGUGCUUGCAAUCAUCCUGACCCUUCCAGAAUUUAUAUUAAGUGAAGCAUACACUGGUAUACCUGACAGAAUUAUCUGUACUAUGGUGUACCCUCCUAAUUCAGACAUCAUCAAAGUAGGAGUCCAUGUAACUCAGAUGGUGGUGGGAUUUCUGAUACCCUUUGUGACUAUGAUUAUUUGCUACACAUUCAUUGCAAAAACUCUGCUCCAUGCUAAGGGCCGUCAGAAGAGUAAAUCAUUAAAGAUUAUAAUUGCAGUUGUAAUUGUAUUUAUAAUUUGUGAACUGCCAUUUAACAUUGUACUCUUGAUGCAAACUCUAGAAAUCAUGAGUGAAGAAAGCAUGAGUUGUGAAUACAGGGUAAAUGUAGACUAUGCAAUUAUAGUAACAGAGGGAAUUGCCUAUGUACACUGCUGCCUCAAUCCUAUUCUGUAUGUAUUUCUUGGAGUGAAGUUUAGAAACAACUUCUUGAAGAUUUUAAAAGAUGCUGGAUGUAUUAGUCAAAAACAAUUAGCUAAAUAUCUUAAAACUGAGUAUGAGACAUCACAGCAAAAAUCAGGUAUAUCUGAAACAACCAGUUUGCACCCUUUAUAAAAAAUACUGGAUGGAUCAAGAAAUUAAAAUGUAUAUCAUGGUAAACUGGUUUGGGACUGUAUGUGGUUUCUUAAUCUUUUGCCGUAAAUUUGGUGGGCAUUUUCUAAUUCAAACUGAACUAGGGCUUUAAAGGAUAGUUAUGCUG